GACAGCCUGACACCUGAUAGCUCCAGUGUGGCGCACAGUUUGGUGAGGAAGACGGGGGAAGCUGGCGUCGUUAGCGUGGAAACAUGCGGGGGAAAGAGGGCGCACCUUCAAGAGCAGAAGACCAAACUUAAAGCGGUGUCAUUAGCAGACGCGUAGUCCUACAGAAAGAGCCUCGCGCGUAUAACUCGCGCAGCCCCUUUUGGGCGCAUUUCAUGGAGAUCUAUAGAUGACAAGACCUGCGCGCUGCGGGUCGCUCUCAGGCAUCUACAGGGAUCUCUUAUGUGGAACAUGGCGAGAGGGAUGAGAGGAGCUCAUCUCCUCGCUGUACUUUUUACCUUUUCAGUCACGCUUUUCAGGGACGCAGAUGGACAAGGGACUUCUAAUGCCUUGAGAGGUUUUGGUUUGAAUCCCCCGUACUUCAACCUCGCUGAUGUGACCAGUAUCUCUGCCACGGCAACCUGCGGUCAGGAUGAGGCUGGGACACCGAAAUAUGAAUUAUACUGUAAGCUCGUCGGUGGACCGAACAACGGACCUCCUACUCAAAAUAUACAGGGUCAGUUCUGUGACUACUGCAACUCCGUCGACCCCAACAAAGCCCACCCGGUGACCAACGCCAUCGAUGGGACAGAGCGGUGGUGGCAGAGCCCUCCUCUCUCCAGGGGAGUGGGCUACAACGAGGUGAAUGUUACCCUGGACCUUGGGCAGCUCUUCCAUGUGGCGUACGUCCUCCUCAAGUUUGCUAAUUCACCUCGACCUGACCUCUGGGUGCUGGAGCGCUCUGUAGACAACGGGAGAACAUUCAACCCCUGGCAGUAUUUUGCACAUUCAAAGCGCGAGUGUAUUGAAACGUUCAGAAAGCAGCCCAACGCUCGUAUAGUACACGAUGAUGACCAGGUCUGCACCACAGAAUACUCACGGAUCGUCCCUUUGGAGAACGGAGAGAUUGUGGUGUCUCUGAUCAACGGUCGGCCGGGGUCCAAGAACUUCACCUUCUCGCCAGUGCUGCAAGACUUCACAAAGGCCACCCACAUCCGCCUGCGCUUCCUCCGCACCAGCACCCUGCUGGGCCACCUGAUCUCCAAGGCCCAGAGAGAUCCCACCGUCACACGCAGGUAUUACUAUAGUAUCAAAGACAUCAGCAUUGGUGGACGCUGCGUUUGUCAUGGACAUGCACAGGUGUGUGCUGGGGGGCGUUACCAGGACAACCCAAAGAGACUCCAGUGUGAGUGCCAACACAACACCUGCGGUGAGUCAUGUGACCGCUGCUGCCCAGGCUUUAACCAGAAGCCAUGGCGUGUUGCCACUGCUGACAGCCCCAACGAGUGUCAUCCCUGCCAGUGUUUCUCCCAUGCCUUUGACUGUUAUUACGACCCAGAGGUGGAAAAGAGGAGAGCAAGUUUAGACACCUUCGGAAGGAACGACGGAGGAGGAGUGUGCAUCAACUGUCAGCACAACACUGCUGGAGCGAACUGUGAGCGAUGCCUUGAAGGUUUCUACAGACCUUACGGAGUCCCUCCUGAGUCUCCCACUGGAUGCAUACCCUGCAGGUGUGACGAAAGGACUACAGCCGGCUGUGAAAUGGAGUCUGGAAGGUGUAUCUGCAAGCCACAAUUUGCUGGAGAAAACUGUGAACGCUGUGCGGACGGAUAUUAUUACUACCCUCAGUGCAUUCGAUAUCCCGUAUACCAAGCGACCACCCAAUCCCCUGCAGGACCUAUUGUGGGGCCCACCGCUUGCCCUCCUGGUUUUUUCGGCUCACCCAGCUGUCAGCAGUGUAUAUGUGACUACAGAGGGACAGCGUACGGGGUGUGCGAUGCUACAGGCCGCUGCUUGUGCCGUCAGGGUGUGCAGGGGGUGCGAUGCGACCGCUGUCCACCAGGAUACCACUCCUUCCCAAACUGCCAGGCGUGUGCCUGUGACGGGGCUGGUGUGGCUGACAGCGUGUGCAGUCCAAGUGGCCAGUGUAUUUGCUUUCCCAACUAUACGGGCCAGGAGUGUGAUCAAUGUGCACCGAACUUCUAUGGAUACCCCGACUGUGCUGUCUGUCAGUGUUCACCAGAAGGCUCAUAUGGCAGCAUAUGCAACCCACUGUCGGGUCAGUGUCUGUGUCUCCCAGGGGUGGUGGGUCAGCAGUGUGACCGCUGCGCCUCUGGACUCAGGUUCCCCCAGUGCUCAGCCCCCAUCAGUGUGUGUAACCCAGCAGGAACAGAGGUCACUGAUCCUCAAUCGGGCUCCUGCCGCUGCCAAGCAAACGUAGAGGGAACCCUGUGUGACAGGUGUAAACCUCUCUACUGGAAACUAGCAACAGACAACUCUCGUGGCUGUAUAGAGUGUCGGUGUGAUGUGAAGGGGACCCUGAGUGGCGUUGGAGAGUGUGAACAGAAAAGUGGACAGUGUCACUGUAAGCCUAAAUCAUGUGGACAUGCGUGUGAAACCUGUAAGGAUGGAUACUUCCUGCUGCAGAAAAAGAAUUAUUUGGGCUGUCAAGGUUGCCAGUGUGAUGUAGGUGGUGCCAUUGACACGGCGUGCGAUGAGGUGUCGGGACAGUGUCGGUGUCAGAAGAAUGUAGUUGGCCGUAAAUGCACUGAGCCCGCACCAAGCUACUACUUCCCCACUCUGCACCAACUGAAGUUUGAGGUCGAGGAGGGCACCACGCCAAACGCCAGACCAGUGCGCUUUGGUUAUGACCCCCAAGAGUUCCCAGAUUUCAGCUGGAGAGGUUAUGCUGUAAUGUCUCCUGCACAGCCGGAGGUGAUCCUAACGCUUACCCUUGGCUUUCCUGGCCCUUUCCAUAUUGUAAUGCGCUACUCCACACCCCAAAGAAAGGGGAGAGCACGAGUGAGAGCGAGGAUCUUGGUGGUGGACGAAGCCGGCUCUCAGUCUUGCUGUGACUGGUCAGAUCAGAGUAAGGAAGUGAUAUUCCCUAGGAGUCCCUCCCCAUCCUUCCUCACUGUUCCAGGAGAGGGCUUCGCUGAGCCCUUUGCGUUGACCCCUGGGACAUGGGUCAUUCACAUCAGGGCAGAGGGGGUUCUGCUGGACUAUUUAGUGCUGCUGCCCCAGGAUUACUAUGGGGCACCUUUGCUGCAGGAGAAGAUCACCCAGCCCUGCACAUACUUACCCACUGCAAACAAGGAUGCAAAUUGUCUGUUGUAUAAGCAUGUGGCCAUGGAUGGCUUCAGCUCUGCACUGGGCUCACAAGGAAAACUCACCAGCCGCAGCGGGCGCAGGAGGAGGCAGGCUCGUGUGCGCCGGCCCACCCCAGAUCACCCUGAGAUGGCCGCUCUCAAUGGCAGACAGUCGCAGCUCCAACUCAGUCUGCGUGUGCCUCGUCCUGGCCCAUACGCUCUCGUCCUGGAGUACGCCAGCGAGGUGGACGCUGUCCAGAAUGUCAACAUCGUCAUCAGUGACCUAUCAGGUGGCCAGAUCCCAGCCAGGGCCAACAUUUACAGUUGUGCCUUCAGCUUCUUGUGCCGGAGUGUGGCAGUGGACAGCAGUAAUACGGUGACAAUGUUGCAGCUCGCUCACAAGACAGAGAUUCUUCUGCAAACUUCCACUACAUCGUUCCUGCUGUAUAAAGUUUAUGCAGUCCCUGCAGAAGAGUUCUCCACUGACUAUGUAGACCCAAAAGUACUGUGUGUCUCCACUAAUGGCCGCUUCACUGAGGACAGUCGGCACUGCGUUCUGAGGCAAUUUGACAAGCCGACCUCAGCCUGGAUUUUAUAUGCUGCCCGUGAUGGACAGCUAUCUUCGCAACCAGCUGUUUCUCCUCAACGCGGAGAGAAUGAGGAUUGGAGACGGAGACGACAGAUCGGGGUGUUCCCCGUCCGUGAACCUCAGAGUGAUGGGAUACUGCUUAAAUUCCCUCAGACGGAGAUCAAUUUCACUCCGAAGGUGCCCCUCCCGGGCACAUAUGUGGUUGUGGUCCAUUAUCACCAGCCUGAACAUACCUCGUUCCCCGUUGAGGUCCAAGUGGACGCAGGGCGUGAGUGGAAGGGUUCAAUAAAUGCAUCCUUCUGCCCCGCCGUCUCAGGCUGCAGGGAGGUUGUGAUCGCUGAUGGGCGCAUUGCCUUCGACUUUGACCAGAAUUCUUGGCCCAGCAUCUCUCUGAUCGUGCCACCUAAGAAGACACUUAUUCUGGAUUAUAUCUUGUUGGUUCCCGAUAGCAGUUACACCCCUGAACUUCUGAAAGAGAAGCCGCUGGAUAAAUCUGCAGAUUUCAUACAGCAGUGUAGAGGAGAAGGGUUCUAUAUUGACCAGAGAACCUCUCCCCAGUUCUGCAGAGACUCUGCCCGCUCUCUUGUAGCAGCCUAUAACAACGGAGCACUGCCUUGCAACUGUGACAAGUCCGGCUCUACCGGGACCACUUGUGAGCCAGUUGGAGGACAGUGUCCCUGCAGGCAGCAUGUCAUCGGUCGACAGUGCACAAAUUGUGCCACAGGAUACUACGGCUUCCCCUACUGCAGACCAUGUAAAUGUGGCCGCCGACUGUGUGACGAGGUGACAGGACGCUGCAUCUGCCCUCCUCAGACAGUCAAACCUGCCUGCGAUGUGUGCCAGGGUCAGACUUUCAGCUAUCACCCAUUGCUGGGCUGCGAGGGCUGUGAAUGCUCUCCAAAUGGCAUCAAAGCCAACGCAGGGCUUGACUGUGACCUCAUCACCGGACAGUGCAGUUGCAAGCCUAGGAUUGGUGGCCGGCAGUGUGAUCGCUGUGCUGCAGGUUAUUAUCGCUUCCCUGACUGCGUACCUUGCAGCUGUAACCGUGGCGGCGUCACAGCCGACAUCUGCCACCCAGACACAGGGAGGUGUCUCUGCAAGAGAAAUGUUGCUGGCGUCAAGUGUGAUACCUGUCGGGAAGGUUCCUUCUAUUUUGACCCCUCCAACCCUCACGGCUGUACCAGCUGCUUCUGCUUCGGAGCGACUGACCAGUGUCAGAGCUCCACCAAACGCAGGGGGAAGUUUGUUGAGAUGCAGGCCUGGCGUUUGGAAAGCCCCGAUCAGGAGGAGGUUACCUCUGUGCUGAACACAGCCAGUAACACAGUGGUAGCAGACAUCCAGGAGCUUCCUCCAACAGUUCAGACUCUACUUUGGGUGGCACCAUCGUCCUACCUGGGAGACAGGGUUUCGUCUUAUGGUGGUUUCCUCACCUAUCAGUCCAAAUCCUUUGGAAUUCCCAGUGAGGGGAUGACUCUCAUGGACAGAAGACCUGAUGUCGUGCUGACUGGUCAGGAUAUGACCCUGAUCCACAUGGCUCCACAAGUCCCACUUCCAGACAAGGUGUAUCAGGGCAGAGUCCAGCUCUUAGAGGGAAACUGGCGCCAUGCUGUCACCAACAGGCCGGUCUCCAGAGAGGAACUGAUGAUGGUCCUAGCCGGUCUGGUUGGCUUGAGGAUCCGAGCCUUGUACUUUACUCAGAGCCAGCGACUCAGCUUAGGAGAGGUGGGCCUGGAGGGGGUGACUAACACGGGGACUGGUGGUCCUGGAAACACUGUGGAAGAUUGUUCCUGCCCCCCUCAGACCACCGGAGACUCCUGUGAGAAAUGUGCUCCUGGUUACUUCAGAGCUGGCAGUGGGUUUUUCCUGGGCCGCUGUGUGUCCUGUGAGUGCAACGGUCUGGCUGAUGAGUGUGAAGACAGGACAGGGAAGUGCCUGAGCUGUCGGUACAACACGGAUGGGGAUCGAUGUGAACGCUGCAAAGAAGGUUACUAUGGAAGCGCGGCUCAGAAGACGUGCAGAGUUUGCCCGUGCCCGUUGAGCUCGCCUGCAAACAGUUUCGCGAUCGGUUGCAAAGAAGUCUUUGGAGACGUUGCGUGUAUAUGCAGAGUUGGCUACACAGGAGACAAGUGUGAGAGUUGUGCUCGUGGUUACUAUGGUGAUCCAUCGACACCAGGAGGAAGUUGUCGGCCUUGUAUUUGCAACGGCAACGGCAAAAACUGUGAUCCCAGGACUGGAGUUUGCAAGAACACACUGGAGCCGGGAGACACAAACACAGAUGAGCACUGCCAAGAGUGUGGUAAUUGUGCCCAGACUUUACUGCAUGAUCUGGAGAAGCUGGAUGAUGAGAUGGUAAAGAUCAAGACUCGACUGGACAACGCCACUGCCAGCGCCACAUCUCAGGACAGGAUGAAGAAGCUGGCAAAGGCUGUGUCAGACACCAAGAUUCUUGUCAACAAAUUCACCUCCGCCCUCAACACCGAGAAGUCCAGAGUCAACCAGCUGGAAGACGACGUGAGCACGCUCUCAGAUGACAUCGGCACACUCAAAGACAAGGCGGCUAAGACGUCUGCUGAUGCUGACAAGGCUGUGGCACAAGUUGGAAAAACCCACAACAGGGCUAAAGAUCUGGACUCAGAGAUUCAAAACAUGCUGAAGAAAAUCCAAGCUCUGCUGGACCAACUGAAGGAUGAAAGCACCAGUGGUAAUGUCAUGCCCAAUGAAAACCUGGCUAAAAUGCUAGAAGAUGCUCAGCGCAUGGUGGAGGAGAUGCAGGAUAGGAACUUCACCCCUCAGACGACAGCUGCUGAGAAAGAAAGAGACGAGGCUAAGAAACUGCUGGACUACAUCAAGGCUAAUGUCAGUAAGCAGUGCGACCAGAACGAGGGUGCAGCAGAAAAGCUUCGGGGCCUUCUGAAGGGCUACGAGGCCAAGCUGAAGGACCUGGACAAGGCUCUGAAGGAGGCGGUGGACUUGCUGAAAAAAGCCAACACCCAGAACGGGCUCAGUGCUCAGGCACUGGCAGAUCUGCAGAAACGUAUUAACGACUUAAAAAAGGAGAAGGAGACCGUUGAGGACCAAAUGACCAUGGCGGAAAAUGAGCUGCAGAAAACAGAGGAUUUGGUGAAAACGCUAACUGACAGCAAAACGGAGUAUGAACAGCUGGCAGCACAGUUGGAUGGUGCCAAGACUGAGUUGACCAAGAAGGUGAAUAAGAUUACCAAUACCGCUGCCAAGAAGGACAUUGUGGAGGCUGCAGAGGAACAUGCUAAGAACCUUGCCAAGCUGGCAAAGGAACUUCAAGAUGCUGUUAAGAACGCAAGUGGACAGACUGAGGUUCGGAACGCCAAAGACGCUAUUGAUGCCUACAAGGACAUCACCGAUGCAAUUAAUGCUGCUGAGGCUGCAGCUAAUGAGGCCAAAGGUGUAGCAAACAACGCCCUGAAUAAUGUAAAGAAACAGAAGCUCACAGAAAGAGCAAAAGACCUGAAAGAGACCAGUGAUGAACUACUGACGAAUGCAAAGGAGGCAGAGAAAGACCUCCAAGGCACUGCAGCUGAUGUUACUGACCUGAAGACCCGCCUGAAUAAUGCUGACAAGAAGAAGAAAGCUCUUCAGAAAGAGCUGCUUGAUGCAAAGAACCAAAUAGACAGCAGCAACAGAGAUGACAUCAGCGGUAUGAUUGAUGACGCCAAGUUGAAGGCAGCUUCAGCCAAUGACACGGCCACUAAAACUAUGGACAAACUGAAUGACAUCAGAAAGGAAAUUGGCAAAAUCAGUGUCCCUUCUGUAGACCCUAACCUGGACAAUAUUCUCAACGAUGUGGACCAGACAGUGAAGGACUUGCUGAAAACCAUCCCAUCUCUGAAUGAUAAGAUCUCAGAGGUGGAGGACCUGACCUCGCAGUUCCCAUCCAUUAGCAACGUUUCUGACAACAUCAAAAAGAUCAAAGAGCUCAUCGAACAAGCCCGGGACACAGCUAACAGGAUUGUGGUCCCGAUGAAGUUCUUGGGCAAUGGCCACGUGGAGCUGCGUGCACCAAAUGAUCUAGAGGAUCUGAAGGCCUACACGUCCCUGUCUCUGUCGCUGCAGAGACCUCUAGGGCAGGCAGGCAGGGGAGAUGGAAGACGUAGACGCAGACAGGCCGGCAACAAAGAAGACAUGUUUGUGCUGUAUCUUGGCAACAGAGAUUCUUCUAAGAACUACAUCGGUAUGGCUCUGAGGGGCAACAGGCUGUUCGGUGUGUACAAGCUCAACGGAGUCGAGUAUGAGAUGAAAUCGGAUUUCAUCAGCAAGUCCGUGUCUGAGCCGGCCACGUUCGAUAGAGUGGACUUACGCAGGAUUUACCAAGAUGCAGAAAUGAACCUCACCAAAGAUAUCACUUCAGACAAACCACUAGGGCCAAUUGUGACAAGACAGAAAGGAAAUGAGAAAAAGAACCUCCUGGACAUCAGUCCCAGUGAUAUUGUUUUCUACGUUGGAGGCUACCCUAGCAACUUCGCUCUGCCAGCUUCUCUCAAUUACCCCAUGUACAAUGGCUGCAUUGAGUUCUCCUCUAUUAACAACAAGGCCGUCAGUCUCUACAAUUUCCAAAAGGCAGAGGGAAUUAAUUUAGAAAUACCAUGCAAGAGAAAUGUAGCUCAAACGGAUUCUGACUUCUAUGAAGGCACUGGAUAUGGUAGAGUGGUUAUGGAUAAACCAUCUAACAUCCGCUCCAUAUCUAUGGACGUCUACACUCGUUCACAAAACGGUCUGCUGUUAUACAUAGGAAAUGAGGACAAUUACUUCGCCGUGACGAUUGAGAAGGGAAUCAUUUUCCUACAUAGUAAUUUGCUACAAACUCCAGCUACAAAUAACGAAAAAAUAUUCCCGCUAAGUGACUAUGCAGAGAUCCGCAUCAUUGGUAGAACGGGGAAAUUGACUGUCGUUAUGUUCAAAAAAGAAGUAGCCACAGCCGACAUUCCAUUUAUCGACAACCUAUUUGCAGAAUAUUACAUUGGUGGUGCCCCAACAGACUUGAGGGAAAGACAUAAUAUCAUCAUACAGCCGUUCAAAGGAUGCUUGAAGAAUAUGAAGCUGAGUGGCGGCUUUACACCUCUUACCGACCAAGUGGGCGUCAGCAAAGGUUGUCCCAAGGAUUCCUUGGUUUAUCGUAACGCAGAGUUAAGCUUGGGGAGCUCCCUGUCAGCUAACCUCGUAGGCUUUAGUCUGACCGAUGACAUCACUGUCUCCGUCGGAUUCAAGAGCACAGAGAAUGAGGGUCUCAUUCUGCUGGACAAACAUCUGGCUAAUGGGAUGAAUCUUGCAUUGGAAAAUGGCCAUAUGAUCCUCAGUUUCAACAACAAGAUCUGGAAAUCAAACAAACCGUAUCACGAUGGCCAGUGGCAUUAUUUAACUGUAACCAGAAGAAGUGGAAGGGUCGAGCUGCUUAUUGAUGAUGAAGACGAGGGUCAGGAGCAGAGUGGCAGCACUGCCAUACCUGACACAGGUGGCUUCUUGUUCCUGGGAAAAGACAAUUUCAAAGGCUGCAUUUCCAACCUCUACACAAGACGGCCAGACAAUCUGUUCAACGCUGAGGACUUAAGCCAUUUCAAGACAUCUGGAGAUGUCUUGCUGGAUGUGUGUACUGCUGACACUUUUCCUCAACUGAUGCUGGACCGCGCCUCUAACAAGGAUGUUGUGAUGCAGGCGAUCAAUGAGACUCUAUCAGCAUGUGCACUGCCUGCCUUGAUUCAAAAUGCUUAUCGCAUGGGUGGCCCUGUUAGCAGCCUGAGCUACAGCAUUCCACUACAGGUCAUGCAGCCCAGGCCCCACUUUUCACUGGAUGUCAGGACUCGUGCUCCUGAAGGCCUGCUGUUCUUUGCUGCUACCAGAGGAGGGCGCUCUCAUCUCGUUUUAUACAUAUCCAAGGGCAGGAUCAGACUGUCUGUGGGCAAACAGAAGGAGAUCUUCAACAGGGAGAAGUACAAUGAUGGGAAGUGGCACUCGGUCAUUUUCAGUUUGGAGAAGAAGAAAUUCCGACUGGUUGUAGAUGGGAUCAGAGCCCAGGAUGGUCUGCUGACAAAUACUGAGAUGACAUCCAUGCAGCAAUUUGUGUUACCUGUGCACCUGGGCAGUGCCCCAGAGUCCCUUCAGAGAGAGCUGAAGUUGAAGGCCCUUCCAAAGCAAAGUGUGUCCGGCUGUAUCCGUAAUUUUAAAAUUAAUGGAGCACCGAUGUCAAAUCCAACCACAAACCACGGUGCUGGCCCCUGCUUCGAGGGACAGACACAAAGAGGGGCUUAUUUCUCAGGGAAUGGAGCACAUGUCAUUAUCAAUGACUCCUUUACUGUGGGCUCCAGCUUUGAGCUGCUGUUUAAUAUUCGUCCGCGUAGCCCGACUGGACUCCUGCUACAUGUUGGUGAUUCCAGCUGGAACCAAUAUGGACCUGCAAUGGGCCACUAUCUCACUGUCUACAUGCUCAGAGGAGAGGUGGUGGCACAAGCCAACAAUGGCAAAGGGGAAUUCAGCGUGUCGGUGAAGCCGAAAGCUUCUUUAUGUGAUGGAUUGUUUCAUAAAAUUUCAGUGAUCAAGAGGAAAAAUGUUGUGCAACUGCACGUGGACACAAUGGACCAUUACAAGAUAGGACCACCUUCGUCCACUAUACAUUUGACCAAAGACUCAUUGUAUGUGGGUGGCAUUCCUGAGAUGGCAAUGCAACAGACGCUCCCCGUCACAUCGUCCUUUGUGGGAUGCAUCCAGGAUAUGAGGAUCAACGGUGACUCGGUCUCUUUCGACAGGCCGUCAGGUGUGUUCGGUCCGGUCAACCUCAAAGAGUGUCCAGGCUGAAUGUCUCACUGCAUCAUCAUGAAACAAACCUUGGGACCACGUCCACCGCCAACCAUGUGCAAUCUGUUACCAAGACAGCGAAUGUGUUUGUGUGUAAGAAUGUGGAUUUUAUGAGGUGUGCAAUUCAGUGUGUGUGUGUGUGUGUGUGUGUGUGUGUGUGCGUUUGUGUGUGUGUGUGUAAAAUAGAGAUAUGAGCAGCAGCUUACAGGUUCAUAAUAUUUGCUGCUCGGUUAAACAUUUCUGUAUUUAUUUUGUGAUAAAAUCAUGUAUCAGGGCACCACUUCACAUAUUCUAACAGUUGUUUUAAAGUCUGAUGUGUUGCUUCAUUGAUUUUCUGGCAACAAUUAAAUGCUUCUGAACGUGCUUGUGAUUGGUCAGGCUAGGAUCAACCCAGCACUUUAAUAAGAAAACAAAUGAUGCCUUUUUGAUGGUGCUUUAAUGUAGAUCAUCGUUGUUAGUUUUUUCUUUCGUUUUUAUUUUGUUUGUUUGUUGGAAAGUUUCUACUAGGAUAAUUACGUUUACAACCAUGAUGCUCAGUUCAGUGACAUUUCAGGGGCUGCCCAGCUGUUUUACAUACAUAUCCACAUGUCAGCAUAUAGAAAUCUGCAUUUUAACUGGUUAAUAGUCAUGGAGUCUUCACACAGGCCAUGAAAUCACAUGGUUUUCACCACUGUAUUUCUGUUGUUCUGAAUUAAUUCUCCAUUUUUGCAUUCCUUUUACUGCGCGGCUGUUCAUGUCAGUUACGCAAGACAACAGCAUGAAGUUUGUGGAGCAUUGUCUAUGAGUUGAAAACCAAUAUAGAUGCCAUUAGCUUCUAAUAAGUCUCACAAGUCAUAUUUGGGAGCAUUUAGCCCAUAUUACUACAAUAUUGAUAGUAAUACAACAAAAAACAACAACAUGUAUUUGAUGCAUUUAAACUCCCCAGCAAAUUUUUACUUACUUGCUUUGUACAUUUGUUAAAAAUGUGUAACAAAUGAAAAAAUAUGCAUGAUGAUUGGACAUGAUGAUUUUUUACAUGCAUUCCUGUCUUGUGACCACUGAUUUGUAAGACAAUUUGUAAUUAAUGUUCUUUAUAAAUACUUCUCAGUGA